AUGAAAGUCCGUUCAUCCGUCAAAGUCAUGUGCGAUGGCUGCAGCGUUGUCAGGCGCAAGGGCAGGGUUUAUGUAGUCUGUUCAAAAAACCCGAAGCACAAACAGGUAUUACUAGAGAUCCCUCUACACUGGCGCCGCAUCUCACCGCCUCACAGAGACAAGGUUAACGGCAUCCUCACUCGGUCGACAUAA